UAUUUCGUGCAUUUUUUUUCUUUUUUGAUUCGAUCGUAAACUUAUUCUAUUCGAUGCAAUUUGUUAUCUAAAUAAAAAUAAAACAAUAGAAAAUUCCCUGUAUGACCCGAUUCAUUCAGACCGGAUCCAAUUAUAACCCGGUUUGGCCAAUCGAAAAUCACGGCAACUCAGGUGAAUUUCACCAGACCGAUCAGCUUCCCCAUCUCGCCGAUCGCCGCCGCUAAACAAAUCCAGUUAUUCAGUAGCAUAAUUAGGGGAAAAAACAAAACAAUGAAACAGAGGAAAACCCCCGUACUCAUAUCGCCGGCCGAUGAUGACGACAGCAACAAAAAUUCCACAUCCAAAAACCCUAGCCCCAAUAAUUCUUCGCACAAAAUAUUUCUUCUUUGUUUGGUUACUCGGAUAAUCAAUUCGUUGUUCGUGCAGACGUAUUUCAACCCGGACGAACACUGGCAAUCUCUCGAAGUAGCCCAUCGAAUCGCGUUUGGGUAUGGGCAUUUGACGUGGGAAUGGAAAAAGGGGAUAAGGAGUUACUUGCAUCCGGUUCUGUUUGCUGCUCUUUAUAAAGUUCUCUCCUUUCUCCAUCUCGAUACCCCUUGGUUCAUGAUUAGGGCUCCUCGUUUGCUUCAAUCCGUAUCCGCUGCUAUCGGCGAUCACUACUUGUACGAAUUAUCUCGAGUCUUGUUUGGCAACAAUGUAGCCAGCUGGGCUCUCUUUGCGCAGCUAACAAACUGGUUCGUGUUUUUCUCCAUAACGAGAACUUUGUCUAAUAGUUUAGAGACAGUUCUCACGGUUGUGAGUUUAUACUACUGGCCCUGCUUGAGAGCCUCUCCCGCUGCAGUUCCGCCUCGUUCGAGAAAGCUUGCCUUGGCAGUGGCGGCAUUAGCAUGUGCCGUUCGACCGACAAGUGCAAUCACUUGGAUAUAUAUUGGCUUUCUCGAGUUGUUUAUUACACGCGAUAAGCUGAAGUUUGUCCUUCUUGAAGUGGUUCCAAUAGGGGGGCUCGUGCUAGGUGUCACGUUUUUAUUGGAUCGACAGUUUUACGGGUCGUGGGUUAUAGUUCCUCUUAACUUCCUAAAGUUCAAUUUUUUUUCUUCCGGCGGAGACUACUACGGAACUCAUCCAUGGCACUGGUAUAUAACUCAAGGAUUUACCGUCAUGCUAUUUACGUAUUUACCCUUUUCGGUAGCUGGUGGUAUUAAAUCGAAAGAAUGGAAACUUCCUGUACUCGUAGUAUGGGUUUUGGGAAUUUAUAGCCUUCUUGGCCACAAAGAAUUCAGGUUCGUUCUUCCAGUGCUUCCAAUAGCACUGAUGUUGUCUGGAUAUGCAUUAGCAAACCUAGGACAAUCCAAAAUGUCCGAGAGGAAAGUGAGAGAGAGUUUAAAUUCUCGCGUAAGGCGUUUAUCGAAGAUGCAAAUAUUGUCAGCAUUAUUUCUGCUUGUAACUAAUAUACCGAUGGCUUUGUAUAUGAGUGUAAUUCAUCAGAGAGGUACUGAGGAUGUAAUGAACUUUCUUUCGAAGGAGGCGAAAGAGAAUAAAAUCGAAAGUAUUCUCUUUCUCACACCUUGCCAUGCUACACCUUACUACUCAACUCUCCAUCAGAAUAUUCCUAUGCGUUUCUUGGAUUGUACACCGAGCGAAGAAAAUGGAAUAUUGGAUGAGUCGGACCGAUUUUUGGAGGACCCGUUUGGUUUUACGACGAAGUUUGUGAGAAACUGGACUGCACCGAGCCACAUUGUACUGUUUGAUUCUCAAGAAAAGUUGUUGAAGGAGUUCCUAGUCUCGAAUAAUUUUUAUGAGAUAAGAAGAUUCUUUCAUGCCCACUUCAAAGUGGAUCGAGAACUGCAAGCAUCUGUUGUUGUGUAUGCUUUUCAAGCCCAAUGAGUUUUGAUUUUAGACGAAUUGAAAUGUUUUUUCCUUUCUUUCAGUAAGUUUUGAUGUUAUUUUUUUUGUAAUGAUACAGUAAUGUAAAAAAAAAAGUACUAAUUUGACUAUGUAUCCCAUUAUUAUUGCCCUAA